AACUGUGAGGACGUGGGAUGUUAACAAUGAAAAAAAGCACAAAAGUGUAUUUAAACCACGAUCAGUUCAAGGUAAACGGGUGAUUCCUACAACCUGCACGUACAGCAGAGAUGGUAAACUUAUUGCAGCUGGCUGUCAAGAUGGCUCCAUCCAGAUCUGGGAUAGAAAUAUGAGUGUACACACAAAGUUCCACUGUAGGCAAGCCCACGCUCCAGGCACCGACACUUCAUGCUUGACAUUUUCCUAUGACGGUACUGUCCUUGCCAGCCGGGGAGGAGAUGAUACUUUAAAGAUAUGGGAUAUUAGACAAUUUAAAAAGCCUCUUAAUUCAGCGGAAAGACUGCCCAGCUUCUUUCCAAUGACAGAUUGUUGUUUCAGCCCAGAUGAUAAAAUACUCGUCACAGGCACCUCUGUUAAGAAAGGUGGUGGCAGUGGGAAGCUUUUUUUCUUUUAUCGGGAGACAUUCCAGAAGUUGUAUGAGAUAGAAGUUACAGAUGCGAGUGUUGUGCGUUGCCUUUGGCAUCCCAAGCUGAACCAGAUCAUGGUUGGUACAGGAAAUGGUUUGGCCAAAGUGUACUAUGAUCCUGUCAAAAGCCAGAGGGGAGCAAAAUUAUGCGUGGUCAAAACAAAACGAAAAGAGAGACAAGCAGAGACUCUUACACAAGAUUACAUUAUAACACCCCAUGCGCUUCCGAUGUUCCGUGAACCACGACAGCGAAGCACCAGGAAACAGCUGGAGAAGGAUAGGCUGGACCCCAUGAAGUCUCACAAACCUGAACCUCCAGUAGCAGGACCAGGUCGCGGUGGACGCGUUGGAACUCACGGAGGUACCUUGUCAUCAUAUAUAGUCAAGAAUAUUGCACUGGAUAAGACAGAUGAUAGCAACCCUCGAGAGGCUAUUUUACGUCAUGCAAAGGAAGCGGAGGAGAAUCCAUACUGGGUUGCUCCAGCAUAUGCUAAAACGCAGCCAAAAACAGUUUUUGCAGAAGUGGAACCAGAAGACGAUGAAACAGACAAGCCAGAGUGGAAAAAACGUAAAAUUUGAAAAAUUUAGUUUAAAGAAUAAUUUUAGUGCAUUUGAAACAAAGUGCAGCAUUUAUUUCUUUAUUUUGGGUAGUGGAUCAAAAUUUGAAAGCAAAAAUUCCUUCAGUUCAUAAAACUUGCUGCAGUGUAAAAAGGGAUUGUUGUAUUACACUGGAUUGUAUUCCCACAUUGAAUUUUGUAGUAAGGAUUGAAUUACACUGUGCAAAGAACUCCUCUCUGUGUCAGUUAUUUAGCUUCAUGAUUUAAGUGAAAAAUAUUUCUUUAUAAAUAGAACUCUAGGGAAUUCAUUAUAUUGCCAAAUGUUUUUUUAAUUACUGCCAACUUUACAAAUGCUGUGUCAUGACAGUGUUCAAUGAUUUUAAGUAUAUAAAUAAAAUAAUACAGUUUCUUAGAC